AAACGAUAUAGAUGGGGCUGCAUACUCUAGCAGUAAAUAAUGUAUGAUUGAUUUUGUGAGAUUUAUUCAAUGCAUAAAGUAUUGGUUAUAUUAGAAUAUUUAAAAAAAUAUAUUUAAGAUGUACUAUAGAAGACGUAAAUUUCAUCUCAUUUUUGGAAUUUCUGCAAGCAUUACAGCGUAUUGUGUUAAUCUUAUGCCACAUACAAUAUUUCUUGAUAAAUUGGAGAAUACUGUUGCCUUUUAUCGUCGUGGCGUAAGACUACGUAUAAAUAAUAAAGUGAAAGAACUAUGUAAAGAGGUAAUGGAUGACUUAAAACUUCCCGAAAAUACUCAGUCUCUCAUAAAACCAUUUUACGUUUUUGGUUUUCAACCUUUUCAAGCUGGGACAUUAAAUAAAAUGUUUGGAGGAAUUAUUGGUAUUCCUUCAAAUUUCUUAUUUCAUGAUACUGCUGAUGCAGCAGUUGAGAAAUUAAUUAUAAAUAAUAAAGAACUUGAUCGAAUGAGAGAAGAAGCAAAUGAUUUAUUUAAUAGUUUAGUACUUUCGAAAAAUGCACAAAAAUAUGUAAUAGCACGUGAAAUUUUAAAAAUCAUGAGUAAUGAGGUAUAUUUGUCUGCAGGUAGUUUAUCUUGUAUUGUCAUUAUCAUGACAUCAAUUUAUAGUAAUAUAACACAUAAAUUUAAUUUAUAUGAGAAAAAAGCAUCAUAUCGUCGUAUAUUGUAUUUAUUUUUUACAUUAGUUGGGUGUGCUUUUUGGGUUGCAUUUAAAGAUGCUGUACGUUGUCGUAUUGAUGCUAGUAUCGAUGAAAAUAUAUCACAGUUAGGUUUAAAUUAUAUAGAAGGAGGAAAGGAAUAUUAUGAAAAAGAACUGAAAAAAAAUAUUGCAUUGAGAUCACUUAUGGAAAAGGAUGGAGAAAAAUGUUAUCACAUUGAUGGAAAUGAAAAACGUUGGGGAUUUAUGUCACUUCCUCUUUCUGAGAGAAAACGCUUUUUUGAAUCAAUACACUUAAAACUAUAAAAUAUUCUAUAUGAGACACAUUUCUUACUUUAAAACAUUAUAUAUACAUAUUAUAUAAAUAUCUUUUAAUACAAUAUUGAACGAAUUUAGUAAGAA